AUGGACGCCACCAAUACUCCUCCUCUCACCGCAAGCCUAUCUCUCUCCUCUCCUCUCUCGCCCAGCUCACUCACACAUUCUCGCCCACAGCAAUCCGACGCAAUAAACUCGUUACUCUCCCUCUCCUUCGCUGCAGAGGGUGCUGCGCCCAUUCCCAUUUCGGGGUCCGGCGCCAAUGCCAAUGGUUCAGCCACUUUCUCUGACACCACCCUCGCCCCGCAAACGCCCCCCUCAGGCCCACUAGCCUCCUCUCUCAAUAACGGCACAAAGUCCCACCGCCGCCUCGCAUCCACAGGCAAGACCAGGCGGAGACUCAGCGAUGCACGAGAAGCUGCUAAUCGACCCUUGCAAACGACGGCGGCGGCGCUCUCCCUCGCUUCCCUCUCCCUCUCCUCCUCGCCUCCUUCCAUUCACCCACAGCAGAUAUCCACCUCCUUGUCGGGUGUUUCUCGGUCCCUUGCACCGGCUCCUACUACUACUUCAGAGGCCUCAUUACCUCUCACUGACGGGAGCAAUAUUCCACAGUCUAUUUCUAUCGCGAGCAGUAACAAAGCUUCCGCGACCCCCAUUCCCAUAACUAAUGGAAAGGGUGCAAAGAAGCGGGGUGUAGACCACAAGUGUGAAAGUUGUUCAAAGAUAUAUCGCCACCCUUCGUGCCUCAUCAAGCAUCGGUGGGAACAUACCCCACACUGGCGCGAAGCCUCCAAGUUUGUACUCAGCAAACACCAGCAAGUACAACUUCUCGAGGUACCCCUCAUUUCCCAAAAUGUGCCUACACAACAACUAACCCUUAUCCUGUCCCAGGCAGCAGCCAUCCUCUCACACAUCGCCCCCUCCGCAUCAGGCGGCACCUCUCUCCCAGAAGACCGAUCCCUCUGGCCAUCCUUCCUCUCAGGUGGCUCGCUCCCCCGCGCAGAUCCCGUCGAGGCAGAAGGGACACCCCUCCUUCCCGCCUCGAGCUCUUCCGCGUUUCCAGUGUCAAGCUCCGUACCAGCCCCAUCGACAUUCUCACGUUCCAACUCGACGGGUCCGAGGUUGCAUGAUUAUUCUAUCCCGUCGAACGUUACGCAGGUUAGGCCGGGGUUGGUCAGCGUGCCCACUACGACGACGACUGUUUCUGUACCGCAGGGUACCCAAGGGAUCGCUGUACGAGGAGGGGGUACCGCACCAGUUGCGGUUAGGGGAACCCCAGCGGUACCCAUGCCCGUCCCAGCUUCGAACACGAACACGUAUGCGGGGUACAGAGGUUCUCAUGGCGAAUCCUGGUCCUCGCGACAUACCAACGGCUCGCACUCGCACUCGCACUAUGCCCCGUCUUCGUAUGGCGGUACGAAUGGAUCGUCGUAUCCACAUUCUCAUUCGCCUUCUGAAGAGCGGAGUAGCCUUGGUCGUGCGAGGAAUGCUGCACCCCCAGCUACCAAUGGAGGAGUGGGGGGAGGAGGGUGGUCACUCCCCCGCUCGUCGCUACGCAGCGUCUCCGUAUCCUCCCAAUCCCGCUCGCGUUCCAACUCGGCUAGCGAGGAGAGCGUGGAUGUGGAUGUGGAUGUUGAUGCGGACGAUUAUGCUGUUGGUGGGGGGAGAUAUGCGUUUACUGGAAGGAGUGCGACGAGGAUGUGGAAGAGGGAAGAAGACGAGUUGAGUGUUGGGUUUAGUGUUAGGGAGGAGGAUGAGGAUAUGGUUGUUGGUGGUGGUGGGAAGGAGAGGAGUGUGGAGUGGGAUGGGAUGGAGAUGGAGAUGGAGAUGGAUAUGGAUUGA